GUGAAUCUAAUGUCAUAUGCAACUUUAAAAUUUGCAUGGAUAUGACAAUUUUAAAAAUGAGCAUAAUAUGAGUAUAAAUUGAGCAUACAUAAUUUACAAAAUGAGUAUUGAUAUGAAACUCAUAAGUUUUUUUAUUGAACUUCAAGACAUUUUUAUUGAACAUCAAACCUCCUGUAUUGAGUAUUGAAAACAUGCAAUUGGGUAUCAUGUUAUGUGCUUCUAUAUCUAUAAUGAACUCCUGCAUGAAUCUGAUUUAAUUAAUAUGAUACCUUUGAAAUAUGAAAUUAUAUGAGAUUUUAAAAUGAACAUAAUGUCAGUACCAAAUGAGCAUACAUCACUUACAAAAUGAGUAUCGAAAGAAAGUAUUUUAAAUCGCUAAUGUGCUCAAAUCCUCAUUUGUCUAUGCUCAUUUCGUUUAAACUUAUGCUCAUUUGGUAUGUGAGAGCACGCGACAAGGGUUAUUGGAUUGAUUUGUCAAGUCAAUCUCAGUGGAAUCUAGUCUAUACAGAGCAUUAACGUUGUCAUAUAGAAUCUCUACAGCACAAAGAUGGAGGAACAGUAACGAAUCAGAGACGCCUAAAUUCUGACGGACCGGGGCACGGGCUUUUGGGCAAUCCAGGCUAAACUCGAACGAAGUAUUUCAAUCUAUUGUGAAAGGAAUGAAAAAGGAAAAGUGUUGAAUAAAGAAAAGUAGAAAACGAUCAUUAUUGCUCUGUGAAAUCAAGAUGGGAAAACAAGGAUUGAAGCAGCAACGAUUCUAUCUCUUUCCAGUUUUGUAUGCUUCAAAAAACCAAUCUUUCGUCAGCAGAUAAGUUCUUCUCCGCGCGGUAUCCUGCUCCCCCUCUACUGCCCUGCUUCUGGAGACACAAAUACGAGCUUCAUCAGACCUUCAAUGGAAAAUUCUGUUUGUCGGCAACCAAUCUUUCCUCAGCAGAUCACUUCUUCUCCGGCGGCGUCCUGCUCCCCCUCUACUGCCCUGCAUCCGGAGACACAAAUAUGAGCUUCACCGGACCUUCAAUGGAAAACUCUAUUUGUCGGCUGAUGUCAACGGAUAAGGUUGGUGCAACAUAUGUAUGGAGCAAGAGAAGAAGCCUUAAAGUUGCGUGGAAUUACAAAAUAACCGGGUGUACGCGUACACCUGGGUGUACCAUAUAAUUUGCGGAGGGAGAGGCCACAGAGAGUUGUCUGUUAAUCUCCAGGUUUUGAUUCGUCAUGCCUGUUGAGUGGCUUCCUCUAUUCACGAUCUUGAAAGCCGAUGAAUCGGCGGAUCCAAUGAACUUAGCGGCGCAUAAUCCUAGCCAAUGAAUCCAAUCUUGCUCAUAAAUCUCUCUCCAUAUAGAAAUCUCGUUAGUCCACCACUUUCAUCACUUUCUCUAUUUUUCAAGUUGCAACGGUUUUACAUCAAUGCUUACAUUGAGAUUAAGAGUAUAUGUCAGGGUUCUUUAACAUCUACUUGUGGUUCUGGAGUUUGGAAAUUACUCUAACAUUAUCAAAUCAAAAUUUUUUGGACUAAAAUGUUUUCAUUAGAUGCUGAAAUAGUACACCGAAUAAAUACUUUUUCAUUUGUCUAGCCAAUGUAUUCGAUGAUCGAUGAUUCAAACAAAGGAAUGGAUAGCCUCAUAGCCACAUGAGAGCUUGUUAUUGAUUGAUCAAUUAAAUGUAAAAUUAAUUGUCCAACAAUCCAAUUAAUCUAAAACAUACAGAGAGAUCCUUCACUUCACUGCUUCUAUGUCCAAGAAACUUGUAUUCGCACAACACAACACCAUCAAUAGUGCCGUCGCCGGUUGGACUUCAUCCCUCUUCAGUUUGUGGUCUAUUUCAAGGACGGUUAUUAGCCUUAGGGGUAACUUAGGUAUUUAGAAUAUUUUUAUUAAUUAUUAUUUAAUUUAAGGGCUGUGAAUAGUAAUCAGGGGGCUGUGAAUAGAAUUACCCAUAGUAAAUAAGUACGUCUUAUGUGUAUAGAUACCCCAAUCAAUUACACAUUUUUUAGAUACGGAGUAAUUGAUUAGAGAUGAAGUAAUCCCUAAAAAAAUGAAAUAGUAUGAUUCAAUACAUCAUGGAAAACUAAAUGUGUGUAGAUUUAGUAAGAACGGGCAGAUAGAUUUUUGCAAAACUACCGCACGACCCAAAAAAUUCCAGAAAUCGUUUCCUUAGAAGAUGGAGAAUUCAAUAGUUUUGACAUGUGUACCUAGGGAGAUCGUGAAGUUGGCAGAGAGAAAGCGGAAGAGAUACCCGGCCAUGUCUUCACCCUAUAUAUCGUGGCGGAUCCAGACAUCGGAGCUCAGGGUAUGCACAUAUAUACUCCGUAGUAGGUAGCAGUAUAAAAAAAUUACGACAUUACACUACACCGACAAGACGACCCACCUUCAUAAUUUUUACAACACGUUUUCCCUCCUCCGUCUCUUAAAAUUUUACCAUAUUUGAAUCUUUUGAUUUAUGAAAUUGAACUUUGAAUUUCUAUACAUAUUUAUUAGAAAUUAUUUAUAAUAUACAAAUAAUAUGAGUGUUCGCUGUUAAAAAUGUUAUCAUAAAAGUAUAUGUACAAAAACAUUAUACAUCAAUAUGUAUAAACAAUACAAAAGAUAUCGGAUUAAUAAUAGUAAAAAAUGAAAUUUAAAGAAUCCUAACUGAUUCAUAUUCACUUCGUGAUUCAAUAGAGAAAAAUAAUAUGGAGAAAAACACUUGCAAAAUUGCUAUAAAAAAUAAUGAUGUAGACAAAAAAUAGCUCAAGAGGUCACGAAUAGGUUGAAAUUGGGUGGAGGACAAAGCAAGAGACGGGUGGGAGGCUCAAAUGUUCAAUGCUCUGCGCCUGUGCUCAGAGGAAUUCAAAGUCAAAUUCAAAUACGUAGUAUUUUAGUUUAACUGGACCUACAAUAAUGUAGCCGUGUAGCCUGUGCAGGUCAGAAUACUAUAGAUCCACCCCUGCCUAUAUAUCUUUGAACUUUUCGUGGAAGUGUUUUGUGGUUAAGCAAC